AUGUCGAGACUUAAAGGAAACGAUGGCUGGCCCGUCGAAACGACUCUGACGUGUCUACUUCUCGUCUGCUGCUUCCUCGCUGCCAACUGUAGGCAAGGUACAGCCGAGUCCUGGGACAAAUUUUCACGUUUAAUACCAACGAAUUCGGUGUACGAGCAACAGGAGAAGAAUGCCGCCUCCGCUAGUAACGCGGCCGAACCGUUUUUACGCUCUCUGGACGAGAACAAUGUCAUGGAGAUGUCGAAAACCAACGAGAAAAAUGAUGGACACGAAGACGUAGGGAACGAAGAAGCGUACGAGGACGAAUACGAGACUGAAUCAGAUCCAAUAGAGGAAUCUGAAGAACCGAAACUCUCUAAAAUAACCAAUGAUGCGACGAGACAUGAACAGUCAUCGCCUGCUCCAUCCUCCAAGGUGGAGGACGCGUCUAGGGAUGAAGAUUAUGUUGAGGAUCCCUCGACGAGUCAAUACGACGCCUAUUAUUAUUAUGACGAUUACGAAAGCAAUAAUCGAUCGCGAUACGUGGCUGUAGCGAACGCCGAUAACCUCGAUUAUCCGGACGGAGAAGAAGAAGAAGAGAAGGAAGAAGCAGAAAUCGAAGAAAACGAGAGGAAACAAGAUGGCGACGAGGAAGCGACGAGAAGGACACAGCGAACGAAUCACGACUCCUCGGAAAAAGAUGAAGAAUACGAAGAGGAAUCGUUUCACACGCGGAACGGGAACAAUUCCUCGUCUGAUCUCACCAAGGAAAAAGAUCCGGACACGCGGAUCGCAACAACGAACUCCGAUGAUGGUACGUCGAUGGAGGGCAGCGACAAAACCUUCACGUUCCUAGGACCACCCAGCGCGGAUGAUGCAAACUCCUCCUCGGCGGACAGUUCGAUUUUGAUCGGCGAAGCGGUGGUGUCCGUGGUGACGACAAAAAGCGUGGUAAACGGCACGAUAUCCGUUCCAACGACCUCGUCGCCGACCGCCACGGAACAAGUCGCCCCGCCGCCAUCUUCUGUCGCCGUGGUGACGACGGAACAACCGGUGACGAUGAUCACCACGGAGGACACGUCCAGGAUACUGGCGUCCGUCCAAACCAGCCGCAGCAUAUCCGGCGCACGGUUUCUCCCAUUCCCGGUGAUAGAUCGCGUAGAGCCGAUCAAUCCUAACGGCGAGAAGAAGACUUCGCCGCCCCCGGAAUCCACAGAGAGCAUCAUCGACAAGCUGGAUCGUGUCCAAUCGGAGCUGUCCAGCGGCUUCCUAGCCGGUGGCUUCAGAACGGCUGGUAACUCUCUGCAAUUGGACGUUUUGAACGACAGAGAUAGAAACAACAGAAGAAGGUUCACCACCACCGCCAGGACUCCCGUCAUCAGCAAAUUCGUGCCACGACGGUACAACGAUAAGAGAACGGACCAUGGAAACGCCACACCGAAACCGCGCACAGGAACCACGCUGGAUAGCCUGGAAGGACUUUUACCGCGUGAUUACGUCGCGAGGGUUCCUGGUGGCACCGUUGCACCCUCGAAGAUUGCUUUCAGGUGGCCUGCCAAGAGUACCACGACGCUGGAAGCAACAACAUCUCAAUUGACUACAACUCCUAUCACUCCUACUAUUACCACUUCUAUUCCGACUACGAAAAAAUCGAAGACGGGCUUGGUAGUACAGGAUAUCAGUGCCUUCUUGCCACCUGGCUACAAAUUGAAAAAAGAAGAUUCAACUGUUACGGAGAGCUCUGUAUUAAGUGAUAUUCUUGCAAAAUCUAAAGUUGAUAUUUCAUCGCUGUUGCCGCCAGAUUAUAACAACAAGAAGCACGAAGGUAGCUCAACUAUGAAAAGUCAGGUGACUACGUCGAUGGCGACAGCGAAAAGCGUGGAGGUUUCGUCGGAAAAGUCGCCACCGGGAAAAACAAUACAGGAUUUAUUCGCGAAAUCGGUGUUUAACAUUUCAUCUUUACUGCCGCGCGAUUACGAAGAAAAACGACCGAAUCUAACAUCAGAGAUAAAAGCCGUUGAACUGCAUCCUGAGAACACUACAGAAUCUUCUACAACAAUGGAAUCUGUUUCUUCCACGACCGCAAAAUCUGGUGGUUUGAAGAUUGUGUUCCCCAGCAGACCAGGGGGACGAAAACCUAUUCAUAAAAUUACUACGCCGCAACCGCCUCGCGGUGAUGGAUCAGGCACAGUUACGCCAAAAAUACAAAGAGGUUGGCCAACCAGAGCUACUACAGAAUUUACUGGCUGGCCUACCCCGUCCACAACACCAAUUUCGAUAGAAAAGUUGCUAGAAGCUGCUCGAACUGCAACCAUAGCAUCCCUAAACGCGUCGCUUAUACCAAUAACUGAAAUGACAUCGAGCACUUCAACCACGACUACAACAACGACUACGCCUAGGCCAACCACUCCAGGAACUUGUGAACAAGAUUGCGAAGUCGCUGGUACAAUAAAGAUAAUUGGUAACGCAACCUGGGUACCGGAAUUGCUCGAUCGAAAUACUCAAGAAUGGCAGAAUUUAGCCAACGAAAUUGAACAACAGAUGAAUUUCAUAUUUUUCAAAUCGUCCGUUUUGACAAAAUGGUACAAGAGAGUACGGAUUGACUCGUUCAGCGAAGGAAGUAUAUUAGUAGACUAUUUCGUCGAACUAGCAAACUUGGAGCAGAAAAUCAACACGCAAGAGUUGAAAGUAAUUUUCCAUGAUUCGUUACGGACGUACAACGCAAACAGAUGGAAUGAUACAAAGGCCAAAGACGCGAUAAAAUUAGGAUCAUUUAUAAUUGACCCAAAGUAUACGGAUUUUGUGGUAAUACCUAAAGCAACUACUCCUCAGUACAUUGAAAAAGAUGACAGAUUGUUCCCACAAUGGGCUAUUGCUGUAAUUGUUAUCGGUGUUGGUGGAUUACUCUUUAUUAUUAUAUUUGGGGUCUCUGUCCUUUUAAAUCGUCACAAUGCUUCAAAACUAAAACCAUCUGUAUCCGCGAUUUAUGAAGAGGAAGUAGCAAAAAAUAUAUCCACUCAUAACAGAUCCAGUGACUAUUCAAAACCGGUACAUACAAUAUGGACCGACCCAGAUGUUUCUUGGAAUGAUAAAUCUUUUGAAUCGACUUCUAAUAAGGUACUCGUCGAAAAACCGUUUCAAGACCACAAAAAAUAUAAUAUGUAUGAUAGCUGGCGAUCGGAAUGGAACGGUUACUAUUAUAAUGGGUCUCACACCAGCAGCAAAUACGGCGGCUACGACAGUACGACAAAUUUAUCGAGUCGUCAUCAUCCUGAUUAUGACACGAAUUUUUGA